AUGUUUUCCAGCCUCAUUUUGAGUAUCCUGCUCGUUGUUGCAACAGUCACUGUACAGGGACUCACUCCCCGGAAUAGUUUUGCAUUGCCUUUGAAACAAGGGAACGAUAUCGACGAGGCUCAUUUCAAGAAUAUCAUUCAAAACAAUGAUGACACAACAAUAACGGAAGCGAACACAUCCAAUUUUGGCACAGAAAUGGCGCUCAAAGUCAGCAGAGGAGGAGGUUUCGGCAGUGUAGUAGCUAAUGUUUUCGUCCUGCUUGUCCGGAAUCCUGGCUUGAUUUUCCUUGGAGCUGCUUCUACCAUCAUCAAAAUCUAUGAGGAACAAAUUCCGUUUUCUAAAUAUCUGAAUGGCAUGGUUCAACUUUUGGGUGCAGCCUAUGUCUUUUACUUACUGACAAAGUGGCAGGACUCGGUCGAAAUGGCCAAAGCUGAUGGAACUUUAUAG